CACCAACCAGCAACCAACCCGAGUAGCGCAGGCUAAACAAAGUCUUGUCUUUCGCCCUCCUCCAAAAUCAAAUCUUUUCCUCUUUUCAUUCUUACCAUCACCAUCAUCAGUCUCACUUCUGACCAGGUCUGACUUAGCCAUCACCUCGUCCUUCAUCACAGGAUUUGUCUUGAUCGCCAUCUCCUGCCAGCCAUCAAAUACAGUAUCCUCGAUCCAGUAUCCAUCCACCUCCAUCAAUUCAUCCAUCCAUCCAUCCAUCCACCCUUUUACCUUGGACUGACCCCCCGUCUGAAUCGAAUCGCACCCGGAUUGUUCAUGUAUCGGGCAGUCUUUCACUCCUCCAAAACCAAAACCAAGCAGAAGCUGGAUAUAUAUCCAGUUCAACGGCAUCCUUGUAGUCAUACAGGGUGUUCAUAUGGUUGAUCCUACGACCAACAGUCCUCCUUCCUUGAUGUUAUAUCUUCUCCCUCAGUGGUAAUAUCCACGCAUGUCCUGCUUGAUCGAAAGAUUUCCCAACAGUCUUUCCCUCUACCUCCGCCCCUAGACCAAAGACCACAGACCACCUAGAUUCAAAAGAAACGAUUGUCAAGAUUACAAACCAAGGUCCAUCAUCAUGGCUACUAUCAACAUUCGCCGGGAUGUCUCUGAUCCCUUCUAUCGCUACAAGAUGGAACGCUUGCAAUCAAAGAUUGAAGGCAAAGGAAACGGAAUCAAAACCGUGGUCGCCAAUCUUCCCAGCGUUGCCGCCUCAUUGGCCCGUCCACCUGCCUAUGUGAUCAAAUACUUUGGCUUCGAACUUGGUGCUCAAACCAACACCAACCCGAAAGACGACCGAUGGAUCAUCAACGGCGCCCACGAAGCCUCCAAGCUCCAAGACUCCUUGGACGGCUUCAUUUCCAAGUUUGUCCUCUGUAAGAACUGCAAGAAUCCCGAGACCGACAUCAACAUCAAAGACGGCCGAAUCUUGCUGGAUUGCAAGGCCUGUGGGCAACGCAGUCAAGUCGACUUGCGCCACAAACUGAGUGGCUUCAUCCUCAAGAACGAACCCAAAGGAGGCAAAAAGACAAAGAAGGAAAAGAUGUCUCGACGCGAUCGUGCCAAAGCUGAGAGCGAGGAGAAGGGCUCUGCCAAUGGUGGCAGCCCACACGACUCCAACUCGGACAAAGGUGAUGCUGACGAGGAUGACGGAGAACUUGCCGCCGGAAGUGACGACGAGUUCACCAAGCACAUCACCGAAAGUGCAAAGGGCAUCGGAGCCAACAGCAAUGGAAACUUCGAAGAAGAGGAAUGGGCCGUCGAUACAUCUGCCGAAGCCGUGGCUGCUCGUGCCAAGGAACUCCCCUCAGACCUAAAGCGGUCGCUCGCCUUUGACGACGAAGAGGACGGCGAUGAGAACGGUGGAGGGGCCAGUGCCUAUGACCAACUCGGAACGUGGCUCAUUGAGGAGACCAAGGCAAAGGGCUCGGUUAGCAAGGUGGACGAUGUCGACAUCUACAAAAAGGCCUUGGAUCUAGGCAUCGAGUCUAAGCACAAGACAUUGACUGUGCUGGCUCAGACGCUGUUCGACGAGAAUGUCCUCAAGCAGAUUGCCCCGCGUGCUGGGAUGCUGCAGAAGCUGAUCGGAGAAUCCGAAAAGCAUCAAAAGGCGUUCUUGGGAGGCACAGAACGAUUUGUGGGCAACGACCAUCCGGAAUUGAUCCCUCAAGUGUCGGGCAUCCUUCUCAGCUACUAUCAGAACGAUUUGGUGAGUGAGGAGGUGGUCAAAGCAUGGGGAGCCAAGGCCAGCAAGAAAUAUGUCGACAUCAGUACGAGCCGAAAGGUUCGCAAGGCCGCGACACAAUUCUUGGAAUGGCUUGACCAGGCGAGUGAGGAAGAGGACAGUGACAGUGACGACGAGUGAUUCUUUUAACAAGAACAUUCUGAUUCACGUUCCUGCACACGACCGCAUCCUAUGCUCGGUACACUCCACUCCUUACGCCAUACGGUUUUUCUGCCUGAUCGCCUUGUUGCCAUCGUUUCUCUUCUCCAACAUGUAACAAUGGAAAAUUCAUUCAUUCCCAGUUGGGUCUAUCACAAUCGUCGUCUUUGGGGCUAUGUAGCUAGAAUCUCGUCUAGUCCCACAAAUCAUUUACCUUGAUCGCUGUG